AUGCUACACUGCAAUGCUGUAUCUCCACACAAAGCGUCACACUCACACGCUUAUCAGAUUAUCACACAUUUCCGUGGCACUAACACACUUUCUACAUCAUUCUACUACAUCUUUCCACAGACUUUUCUAGUACAGCCACGGACAAACAUCCAGGUCCAUCAUUCCAAAAAGCCCGCAGCCAUAGCUCCGGCUCCAUUGCAAGAUGCAUUGGGCCAACCAUUUUCCAGCAUCCUGUUGCAGGGUGGAUGUAUCGGAAAUCAUGUGCAAAGCAUUGGUGCUGUGGUGUGCAGCAGGGCGUCAAGACACAUCGCUUCUGUAGUGUACCAACACUUUGUGCAAGCAUCAGUCAUCCCCCCUUGGUUGGAAGUGCAGUGUGGUGCAAGGAUGCUUGCUCCUCCAUCAUGGAUGUUAGCUCCAGAACACACUGGAGGUGCUGAACAGGAAGCAGAGGAAGCCCGUCUCCGACAUGCUAAUACCUUUGCCGCAGCUGCAGCACGAGAUGAGGAGAUGCGGCAGUUUGUGGCUGCGGAGGCGCAGCUACGAGCACUGGCUGUUCACCCAGACUUCCACACUGACGAGGACAGGCUCCUUGCAGUCAUUGCUGAAGCCAGUGCACUUUCCGAUGGCCUCGAAGCGUCUCCGCCCACCGACUCAAAGGCAAUGGACGAUGCUCAGCGUUUGCUGAAGACAAUGCUGGGACUAUCCACAGCCUGGUUCAGGUUGGUCGGCAACGGCGGUUUCGUCGAGGGCUCUGAUGGACUUCGCGGCGCAAAGGCUUCUCAGUUCACGUUCGGAAUCGUGGAGUCCUUGCUCGCUUCUUCGUCUGGCCUGGGACCAUCAAUGACUUUGGCAUUUCAAGAACUGGGAGGUUUGGGCUUCAUGGGCAAGGCCUUGGCCAACGUGGACCAGGCAUCUUUCCCGCAUGGUCUUCAUGCACUUCGAGUUGCUGCAGCUCGGCUUGGAGCUGCAGCUAGACAGGGAGUUUGCAGCACUGAAGCCUUAACGCGUAGCAUGGAGGAGUUUCGCGGCAGCCUGCUGGAGAAGGUUUCAGGAUUUGCUUCCAGUCCCAAGCGCAGAUUCCAUAUGCCGGACCUCAAGGACAUGAUCACCAAUAUUGCUGGAGUCUUCGAUGAGGGAUACACCAGCAUUGAGGUCUUCGAGAUGAGCCGUUUACUUUCAAUGCAAUGCGCUCUUGGCCUCUUGACCUACCGCCAAGGAGAAAAAACUUCGGCAGAAGCUCUGGACUGGUUUGCAGCCUCUUUAAUUGAUUUGUUGAGCAAGCGAAGUGGGGGUGCACUGACAUCAGGCCUUUCAGUGAGAGACUGGUUGGAGGAUGCUGGAUUUUGGAAGCGACUACUGACACAGAUGGCUGCCAAAGUGCUUUUGCAGGUUCAUCCUAUCUUGACGGCCUUGCUGCACCACAGGGCUUGUUCUACUCGUCAGUUGGCUGAAUCGCUGGUGAAGGCUGGGGCUUUUACCAAAGGAUCCGUGCCAAGCCCUUGCCGUGCUGCAAUGCAAGCUUCCUUGCUCGUGGCAGCUUCCGCUUUGGACACAGAGGUGAUUCUUCAGCUGCUCGCAGACGUUUGCGAUCUUCUUGGCUUCGAUCAUCUGUCGCAUGAAGGAGUUGAUCUCACAACUCGGCUCGCCAUACUUGCGUUUCACCGCGGAUAUCAGGUAAGACUCGGAGAUGCUGCCUCUGAACGAAUGCCGGCUGCAAGUUUUUUCCUUCGUUUCUUGCAAUGGGGAUACCGCAAGGAGGGCCCGAAGGAGCCAGGACACUUCGAGGUUGUAGACUAUGCGCAAAACAUGUUGAUCAACGUGCUGCUUCAUCACCCUGCAAUGUCAGAGAUCCUGCCUGCUAUCACGGCUCAUGCUUUGGCUCUGGCCGUGGAACCAUGUGAAGGUUCUCUGCAAGCAGCCGGUCGGUGCAACAAGGCUCUAGGCGCAGUUGCACUGGCUGCUUCGAGCAUUGCGACUGUGGGGAAGGGACGCGUUUCUCCUGACACAGCAGCCGCAGUUCUUUGCAGUGCGUUCCCUCGAGUUGGCACUGCUGCGCCGUUUGAUCAAACCAACAAGGAGUACUGGGUGUCUACGUUGGUGGAUUCUUUCUGCUUGUUCCUGCGACUGCCCCAUGCAGAGAUUGCUGGGAAGGAGGUUGCAACAUUGUGGAGCCGAUUAGUUGUCAGACCGGUCUUUGGUUUGUCGGUGCCCUUUGCUGCUGCUCAGUAUUUCAAGAUGGCGUUCAUGGCGCAGCCCUCUCCUUCUGCAACCAUACUGGCUCCUUUUGUGGCCGCUCCAAAUCCACCGUAUGAGAUCAGCCUCGCCUAUGCGAGCUUUUAUCAUGCUGCUCAUGCUCAGGCUGAGGAGGAACCGCCGCCCACACCACCGUGCCGACUAUUUCCUCAGGCUGCCUUCUUUGAUCCGGAGGACAGGGACUUUGGACCUGUGCUCUCUCCGCCGCGCUUGCCACAGCCACUGCGACAUUCAAUGAGUUCUGAUGGCUAUGAUGAGAAUUGGGUGGAUCUAACCACUAGCGCUUCCAUCGCCAAGGCUGCGGCAACGGCCGGGAUCAGCAUGGCCGAGCCAUCCACAUCCGUGCCACGAAUGCGUCUGGAUCGAGUGCAGGCAGCGCACGGCUCUCAAAGCAACGGCAUAUUUGGGGAGCUAACAGUGUAUGAUGCCACUGAACGCCGCUUGUGGGACGAAUUCGACGAGCUCGGAAGAAUCGAUGACGUGGAAGCUCUUCGGCAAAGAGACGCAGCUGCCCAUCGCUGUUUGGCUGCGCUUGACAAAGAGAUCGAUACAGUUGGCCGAGCUGGGCGAGAGCUUCCCUCAGCCCUGGCUGAGGCUCGGGCAAAGUUCUCACUCCUUUGCCAGCUGGUCGAUGAAGGUGCAGGUGCAGCUGCAUGUCAGCGAAUUCGCCAAGUUGAGAAGGCCUUUGCCAAAGCAGAGGAUGAGUUGAUAGCUGCGACAUCUGUCCACCGCAGAACUUUGGCCCGCUGCCGCAGACAAGGUGAGACUCCACCCGCAGAGGACCUUUCCGCAGCCCGUACUGCCCUGAUCAGUGCACACCUGGAACUCCUAAACGAGAUUCGACUUGCUGCACAGUAUGCCCAGCUUGGAUUGGUGGAGAUUACCGGCACCCCGGGCUUUGCACGAGCGAUCCGCGCCGCUGGUCCAGCGCAUGCAGACCCACUGCUUGAAAGACUUCUGCGCCACAAGCGUUGGUGUGAUCAACAGGCAAUAAGUGAUCCAGAGGCUGCUGGAGCUCCAAGAAAUCAGGAGCCUGAGAUAACCAAGGAAGACUUCAUCGCCGCAGAGGCCUUGGUGGACAACGCGGAACUGAUAGAUCCGAGCAUGGACAACCAAAGUGCGGGCAACGGCGACAUAUCUCCUAUUGGUACGUCUGGCAGAUCAAAAUUGGUGCGAAGAAGAGUUUCCCAGGCAGUGGUUCUAAAGGCGUUUGCUCCUGAAGAGAAGGACGGCUGCUUGCAAGAGAUAAGAGCAUUGCAAAAGCUGAAAGACCAUCCAAGCGUCAUUUCUCUGUUGAAAGUGCUCAAGUCUGGAGAUGGAACGAUGUACUUGGAGCUGCCCUUUUGUUCGGGUGGAAGCAUGUUUCGGUGGUGCGAAAGGUUUGGACCUGCCAUUCUGCAGGGUGAUCCCGACACCUUCGUGAGAUGCUUGUCAAUAUGGAGGCAAAUCUGGCAGGCGAUCGGCUACCUGCACGUGGACGGUGUUUAUCAUGGACGCCUGACUCUUGACACAAUGUUACUCACAGCUGACCAGCGGCCGGUCCUUGCUGACUUCCAGAGCUGCUUGGUGACUGGCACAGGAAGGCCCACAGAGCUAAGGCGUUCCGUGCCGGACUACACGGCUCCAGAGCUUGAGGUGCAAGCUUCGGCCGUCCCAACGGCUGCAAGUGAUGUUUACUCAGCUGGAGCUGCAAUGGCCAAGGCGUUCAUGGGUGUGGAAUUAGAGGUCUCAUCCUGCCUGUACCAUCCAACGAGGGGCCAAAGAUCUUUACCUGAAGAACGUACAGAUGUGGAUUUGGUCGACCUCUUACAGCAACUCCUGGCUCAGAAUCCAGCAUCAAGGCCGUCAGCUAUGGCUGUGGCAAGCCAUAGAGCACUGGACCCAGCUGGCUUUCUGCGCCGCCGGGGACUGCUAGCAGGCUCUCAGUCUGGACUUCGAAGCCCAGCCCAAGCCUUCUUGGAGGCUGCAGAGGCACUGCGGGAAGAGUAUCGUGGGCGCCGUGUGGACGAACCAUUGAUGUUCUCGCGUGAAGCAGUCUUUGAUGCGAUCUCAGCCUCCAAGGUCGGGCAGUGGCGUGAUGACGCACUCCUUGGUGAGUGGCGUGUCAUGCUCAAUGAUGAGAGCGGUGUUGAUGGUGGUGGGCUGCGAAGAGAGGUGGUCAGCCUUUUCUUUGAGCAGUUGGAAAGCAGUAGCUUGGUUAUGCGAGCUGGUAUGGACGGCAGCGAGGUGGUAACACUCUUUGUAAACGAUCGAAGACGUGCUGACAAGAGCCCACAGCAGUGGAGACAAAUGUGGACCUCUGUCGGUGCCAUGUUGCUCCGGGCUUUGGUUCACUUUGGCAAUGCUCCCUUGGCGUUCAGCAGCGCGAUCUUUGACUGCGCAUUGGGGAGGUUUUGCAAGCUGCCACCAGACGAUGUUCCAGGUGGAGACGAUGACGAUGACGAUAUGGCAAGUGUUGAUCGCUUGCUCCAGCUGCGGGAAGAGAAAGGUGAUGACUGGGCUCGCAGUGAGUUGUUGGACUUGCUUCGCCGUUUGCGACGUGCAGACCCACAGAAAGAGGCCGGUUACCGGUGGAUGCUUUCGCAGAGGAUGCAGGAGGAACAGAAUGGAGUCAUGGUGUAUAGCUUAUCCACAGAGAGCAUGGAGACCAUUACCGCAAUGCUUGAACCACGGACUUCCUCCUUGCUGAGUCGACUUUCAAGUCCUGGUGAGGGUGGGUCAGGUGAGUCAGUGCUUCCCGAUGCAUCCUUGGAAUGGGUUCUUUUGUGGGACGUCUACUUGAAAUUCCUGGGUGGUGGGGACCGAUGGUUGGCCUAUGAAGCCUUGGCAGAUGGUUUCACUGCGCAUGGACGGCGGCAUGACAUGUGGUCCCAGAUGACAGGCGACCAGGUCCUAGAGACGCUGGAAGGUGUGGCCCUAACGGCUGAGGUGAUUUUACCCAACCUGGAGUUUAAGCCAAAUUACGGUUAUGAAACCCAGAUUCAGUUCUUCAAGAACGUCAUUGCUGCGUUCGACUCCGAAGAACUCUCAAUGUUUCUGCGGUUUUCAACAGGCAUUGGUAGGCUGCCCGCCAGCCGACGGUUCCCAGCUGGGCAGAAAUUGACUGUUCGUUUUAUGCCCGACCAGCUUGAGCACUUGCCGUCUGCGCACACCUGCUUCUGGGUGGUGGACGUUCCUCCCUACGAAGAUCAAGAAGAUAUGGCGAAGAAGCUUCGACUGGCCAUUGCUGCCCCGCAACCUUUUGCACUGAGUUAAGAAGUUUGUGCUUCCUCAUAGGUCCUGAUAUUGACUGUGUGUCACAAAUCUGGACAAACAAUUCACCUUGACUUGACAGUGCUUUACAGUGCUUUACAGUAUACUACAGUCACCUGAAGUUCAAGAUGUCGAAUGUCAUGGAGCGAUGGAGUUGUUCCAUGCGUCACAGAACGGCGACAAAGAGAUCCAGGUCUUCGGAGGUCAUGCCAUUGCUGCCCUCCUGUGACUCCUGUGACUCCUGUCACUUGGGAGGUCACAGUCACUGGUGCUCAAGGUCAACAACUUGUUAAUGCAACGC